AUGCCUUCAAACUACCGAGUUGUUGAACCGCACCCUUCGGUGCCCUCCUCUACCCGCCCAGCUCUAUACACGGGUCGUGGAGGAAGCGGCAAUGUGAUCAGCCUCAAGAAUACUAGGACUACUCCUUCCCGGGAAGCUACUGGACCUGCUUCUCUCACUCGCCUGGAUUCGCACGCUCCGUCGACCUUCACUUCCGGCCGUGGUGGCGCUGGCAAUGUCCACAGCAGCAGCGAGCGCGCAAUCUUCAGCUUCGACGAAGAACUUGAGCGCGACCUUCGCCGCGCUGCUCCUGUCUACCAUGUCGGCCGUGGCGGAGCUGGAAACAUGAUGUACCGCGACGAUUCCAGCGUCACCAGCGUCCUUAGCCGCCGACAAUCCGCUGGCAGCUCGACUACCACCAGCAGCACCGACUCGGUGGCUGACCGUGCUCGCAACAUGGCUCGCCGUGGCCUCGAGAAGGGUUGGGGAAAGCUCAAGGGCAACGCAUAG